AUGUCUGGCUACCAAGUGAAGUCAGGUCAUGAUGAAGAGAGCUACUUCAAUGACUCAUUCUAUUCGUCGAACUCCAUAGACAAUUCCGACCAUGCACGUAACUUUCGGAACUCUGUGGUACUACCGGAUAUGUCCAGAGAUACCAGCUACGAUUCGGGAUUGAGACUUCCAAAAGCAGAGAAUGUGCACGAAUUUGAGGAUCCUCAAGAUUCAAACGGGUACACUGAUGAUUUUGCGGAUGUUGAAGAGACAGAGACAGAGACAAAAACCUUGAAGGUGACUGCCUCGCCUUCUUUGAGCGCACUAUCUGGUAUUUUGAGUGACAAAACCAGACGAGUCGAAAAUCGCAUGAGAAAGAGCAUGUUAUUGGAACAAUCGAUACAAGAAGAGACCCCCUCUCUCAAUAAUGAGUCCGUUGCGCUGGUCAAAGAAUCACCAAAUCUGAUCGACAUUGGCGGGUCGAAUGGCGGCAAUUUCAUGAGCUUCAAGCAAGAACAUGGACAUAACGCAGUACAAGAGCAGCCAGAUUUCCUGAUGACUCCUAAAAUGGAUCCUCCCACCCCCAGAGUCGAACCUGCGGCUUCAGACUUCCCGACAACAAUCGAAUCAAAACAGGAUCCAUUACAGGAGACAGAGAAGAACAGUACCAAAGCGAAUGUCAAAACACCAGGCACAGGUUCUGCUCCCACGGAAUCCGCAGAAAGUGUCAAUGCGUCACGUCCGAUUGCAAAGAAGCAGGCUUCUUCAAUAAGGUCAUUUUCAGGCAUGUCCUCAAGUUCUCGCGGUUCUGUCGAACAGUCUGGGAAGGAAUCUAGUGACGCUAGAAAGCGCAAAAACAUAUUUUCGUUCCUGAGAAGGAAGCCUCAGAAAUCUGCGUCUUUCAUCGUCACUAGCCCCCACCCGGAGAGCUCACUGCCGACUUCGUCAACAUUUUCUAUUCCAAAGACAGGAGAAGAUGAUGGUCUACCAGCCUCAACUCGCUUGACCAAAAAGUCACAUAGUAAUGGCAGUAUCUUCAGCGCUUUCAGAAAGAACAAAAGUGGUAAUAAAGAAGGGUCGGGUGGUAACUCGCCUUUACCAAAGCAACGCCAAAAACAAAAUUACUCGACGUCCAUACAUGAUGACGUGCCAAUUAAACGCGAUGUCAGGGCACGCAAACCAACCCCACUCAAUUUCGAGCACCGCACUCAAUCUACACAGUUUUCUGGAAACGAUUCAAGAAAUUUCCAAGCUCCCGCUGAAAAAGAGGUAAAGGAAUCAGUGCAUGAAGCCGAGGCUCUCCAGCGCAACUCACCUGACAUAUCCACUCAAGAGGCGCCAAUUUUGCUUGCAAAUAACAUAUCUUUGAUUCCUGCCCCUGAGGUACCCGAAACUAGCGGAAGCGAUUUCGGAAAGGUAGAUUCCGGUGAAGUUUUGUUUCCCAAGUCUCUCAGCGCCCAGGAGGUCGAAUCAAUCGUAUCGCUGGAGAGGUCGCGCUCAGUCAAAUCGAACAAACGGAACUCAAUCAACUCGCACCGCAGAUCUUUUACUGAUCAUAUCUCAGCUAAAGUACAAAAUGGUGGAAUGUACAUUACCGAACCUGCUGGCGUUAAACUAUCUACGCCAGAUUUAACCAAAUCUCCCACAAACAGUAUACUGAGAAAUGGAACUUUCGAUAGCCUUGAGUUUUCGCCUCAAAAAAGCAUCAGCCGAAGCCAGAAAGAUUCGGCGCCCCAAAGCAGCUCCUUUAACCCCGGGGACAGAGACUUCUCGUUUACUUCAAUUGAGCAGAAGUUGAAUGAUCUCACGGUGGACAGCGACAGUGAGGACAACUACACCAGCCCAAAGAAGAAAACAAAUGCCCCGGCAGCUGACAACUACGAACGCGAAUUUAUGUCAGAUAUUAUGGAAUUCGCCAAUAUUAUCGAUUUUGGGAAGGAUUUGAAUUUGGAUUUGGAGUUCAACUCUGCUGAGAACGGGUACCGCUCAUUGAACCCGACAGAGAAUUCAAGGCAUUCGUUAAAGGAAAGCGACAUUCCCCAAUCAGAUUCCCUGGAUCUCGGUCUUCCUUCGAGAGAGCGUAAUCAGAACGACAGUAAUGUCUUGCUGGGCCCUCCUCUGGCUACAAUGAGCCAACGCAGUAAUGACAGCGACCGUUCUGUCUCGGAAUACCUGGCCUCGGGAAUCGAGAUAACAGACAAUGACGAGGACUUCGAAGAUGAGAACUUCAACCAACUGGAUGAAUCGAUUGCAGAUGAAGACGAAAUAGCAUCGCCAUGGCAGAGCCCCAUCACGCAAGGUAGCAGGCCAUUGUCGCUAUCGUUCAAAGGACUGCGCGCUAACCAGCUAAACAACCCUCCUGCAAAAACUCUGAUGCAGCCCUCGUCAAGUGCAUAUACAAUGACAGACUCGUUUGCAGGGUCUACGUCUGCAAAAACCGUUGCAUUUUCUUCCCACAUUAUUCUAUAUGCAACUUACACCGAAAACGAGUAUGACAGACACCCGGACAUCGCUACCUGCAACCAGCUCACCCCACAACUAGCGCAAAUGAUCAAAGAUGAGUUGAACACUCUAAAAUCCGAGAUGGAAGUUCAUGAAGAAUCCAAGUGCUACACGCAUUUCUACUGA